AUGCGCUUCUCUACCAUCGCCUCUGGCCUUGCCCUCCUCUCCGGCGCCGUCGCCCAUCCAGGCCACGACCUCACCGAGGAGAUUGCCGAGCGUCGCGCCUUUCUCGGAAACAUUAAGCGCGCCAGCUUGGCUCACUGUGCUGAUAAGCUCAAGGCACGUGGUGUCACUGCCCGCAAUGUUGCCCGCCGCUCCGCACAGGUCGAGAAGGCCCGCCAGAAGCGCAACAUCCAGAAGCGCGAUGCGGCUACCGUCCUGGCUGCUUCUCACAACCAAACCGAGCUUGGAUACACCCUAAACACUGAUGCCGCCACCCUUUUUGCUGGCAACAACUCCUGUGUUCUUACUCCUGAAGUUACCCAGGGCCCAUACUAUGUUUCUGGCGAGUAUGUCCGCCGCAACAUUAUUGAGGACCAAGAGGGUGUCGACAUCGUUCUUGACUACCAGGUCAUUGAUGUUGAUACCUGCGAGCCCGUGCCCAAUGUCUACCUGGAAAUGUGGCACUGCAACUCUACUGGUGUCUACUCUGGCAUUGUCGCGAGCGGAAACGGUGACUCUUCUGAUGAGUCCAACAUUGACAAGACCUGGCUUCGCGGCAUUCAGCCUACCGAUGCCGAUGGUGUUGCCCAGUUCGAGUCUAUCUUCCCCGGCCACUACACUAGCCGUGCCACCCACAUUCACUUGAUGGUCCACCACAACGCUACCCUUUACUCCAACAACACCCUAGGCAACCAGAUUACCGCCAGCCACGUCGGCCAGACUUUCUUCGAUCAGGAUCUCAUCUCCGCCGUUGAGGUCUUCGCCCCAUACAACACCAACACCCAGGAGCUUACCACCAACGCCGACGACAGCAUUCUGAGCGAGGAGACCGCCACCGACGGUGUCGACCCUGUUAUGGAGUACACCCUGCUCGGAGACAGCAUUACCGACGGCCUCUUUGCUUGGUUGUCCUUCGGUAUCAACAGCACCCUGUCCCAGACCAUUACUCCUGCCGCAUUCCACUAUGCUGAUGGUGGUGUCGAGAACGAGAACUCUGGUGCUGGCGGCCCCGGCGGCUCUGGUGGCCCCCCCAACGGCACUGCUCCCCCUUCCUAG